UAUUUUCGCGUUUAAAACUGCCUUACUUGAACUGAAACGUUAAUUUGCCUCAACUCUCACAACAUUUCCCGUCAUUUCAACUUACCUUUCCUCAUAAUUGUUGGAAGCUUACUCAGUUGCCGAAAUUAGAAGCUGAAACACAUUUAAAACCUCCGCGGCAAAAUAAAUGAUAAUUUGCAUGCUUAGAUAUUGCUCACAUCCGCAACAACGUCAAUCCUAGCAAUAGAAAUUAAGAGAAGCUUGGCGCCAAUUAUCCAUUUUAACGUCUGUUUAUUUCGAACCAAAAUAGUGAAAAACUAGACAAGCAGAAGAAACAGUUGAGAAAUAUUACUCGAAUUACUGCUGCCCAACAAUGAGUAAUCUGAGCAUGGAAGAUUUCACGCAGGAUGACCUGGUGGACUUCCAGAGGGCGUUCCAGAUGCAGACCAAGAUUGAGAGCUCCCCCAGUUUCAGAGACGGAGACGCGGAGAAACUGCUGCGCAAAGUGAACCUGAAGUUGGACGAUGACAAGAAGCGAUUCAUCAACAACCAAGGCCCUUCUAGGCCGACUCGAUUGACUCCUGGAGUGAGCAGAGGUCAGCCGGGGUCAGAGAGGGUGGACUUUCUGGACCUGUUGGAGAAUAUGUCGAGGAACUUCAUGGAUGACCAAACUACUGAGAAAGAACUUGAGGACGCUUUCAAGAUAUUGAAGCCGCAGUGUCGCGGGGGUAAGUCACCCGCUGAUGAGCUGUGUUUCUCUGACUUUGAGAAGGCCUACAGACGCAUGGGGGAUGAUUUCGGACAGGUCAUUGCCCUCGAGGAGGUGGAGGAGAUAUUCCAACACUUUCAGGUCAAGAGGAAGAACAGCGGCCAGCCCCCGACCGAAGACACAGAAGGGGGUGCACAGCCAACAAGUGAUGGAGCAAAGGGACCACCGGGGGAGGGGGAGAAGAAGGAGAAGGAGAAAGAGGGGGGCAGUGAGUCACUGGCAGUGGGUAAUGACAGACGUUCGGCAGUGGGGAAAAUAAAGAUUCGAGAGUUCAUCAAAACUGUCAGUCAAGACAGCAAUUGAACUUCUAAAGACAUGAAGUAGUCUGUAGUUUCCAUCCGUUUCACUUUUAUCAUCUUUCCCCAUUCACUACUAUACAUGCAAAAAGGUCUUUGCUCAAAAAGAAGAUUGAUUGGUAAGAUUCGCUAGUUUAUAAGCGUACGCUUGAAAUUGAAACCAGCAAAACUUCCAAA